UAAGAAAUGUUUCCCUCUCAACUUAAAAGUUUACUGGAGAGUACGAAACACAGCGAUGGAAAAGGCUGUCAGUGAGUGGAUUUAAAUGAUAUGACUUCAAAGAAACAAGAAUUAACCUUUCGGUCAAAUAACGUAACUCCAUCCACAGUGUUAGCACUCGGCGCUUGAUCGAUGUCAGUCGUAACUGUUAUGCCGUCAUCAAUCAUCGUAAGAUAUUAUGAUCAGGAAGCUAGCCGUUGCAUUGCGACGGCAAACCACCUCAACGAUCUUAAAACCACGAACGACAAAAAUCAAGGAUUUUUAUGAAGAUGUGUUUCGACAUGGCAAACCGUUGAGGUUAUUCUGUUGCUGUGGUUCUGGACCUAUCAGACCUACUGAUGAUAUAGUGGAAUAUCCUUUGGAGUUGAACCCACCUCCAGCCUUUCUAGAUGAAAGAGUAAAGCUUUUUGAUAGACUGAAGGCAGAAUAUGAUGCUAAAAUUGAAGCCAAAGAUAAAACACCGAUUAAGGUGACUCUACGAGAUGGUAAAGUUGUAGAUGGACAGGCCUGGAAGACAACCCCUUAUGAUAUAGCAAGUUCUAUUAGCCAAGGACUUGCUGAUAACACUGUUGUUUGCAAGGUUAAUGGUGAAGUGUUUGAUUUGGACAGAGUUCUUGAAGGAGACUGUACUCUAGAAUUUUUAAAAUUUGAAGAUGAUGAAGCCAAAGCAGUCUUUUGGCAUUCUAGUGCCCAUAUUAUGGGUGAAGCCAUGGAGAGACAUUAUGGGGGGUAUCUGUGUUAUGGACCUCCUAUAGAAGAGGGAUAUUACUAUGACAUGUUCUUGGAUGGAAGGCAGGUGUCAUCCAAUGACUAUCCCUCUCUUGAUUCUUUGACGAAGUCCAUUGUGAAGGAGAAACAACCAUUUGUAAGACUUGAGCUGUCAAAAGAAGACCUCUUAGAGAUGUUCAAGUACAAUGAAUUUAAAUGCAGGAUUAUAAGGGAAAAAGUAAAAACCCCCACCACCACUGUCUACAGGUGUGGGCCUCUUAUUGACUUGUGCCGCGGUCCUCAUGUAAGGCAUACUGGAAAGAUAAAAGCCAUGACAGUCACUAAGAACUCUGCCACAUACUGGGAAGGAAACUGCGAAGCAGAAUCUCUCCAGCGGCUCUACGGAAUCUCAUUCCCAAAUGAGAAACAGAUGAAAGAUUGGAAGAAAUUUCAGGAGGAAGCUGCUAAAAGAGACCACAGAAAAUUAGGCAGGGAUCAUGAAUUGUUUUUCUUUCAUGAGUUAAGCCCUGGAAGCUGUUUCUUUUUGCCAAAAGGAGCCCACGUCUACAACACACUAAUAAAUUUCCUUAAGGAAGAGUACAAAAAGCGAGGUUUCCAGGAAGUUAUUUCACCAAACAUCUAUAGCACUAAGUUGUGGGAGACUUCGGGACACUGGCAGCAUUACUCUGAAAACAUGUUCUCUUUUGAGGUGGAGAAGGAACGGUACGCUCUAAAGCCCAUGAAUUGUCCAGGACAUUGUGUAAUGUUUGACCAUCGUCCACGGUCUUGGCGUGAGCUUCCACUGAGGAUGGCAGACUUCGGAGUGCUUCAUCGUAAUGAACUGUCUGGUACACUUACUGGACUGACCCGAGUCAGAAGAUUUCAACAAGAUGAUGCUCAUAUCUUUUGUAGACCAGAUCAGAUUGGUGAAGAAAUCAAAGGCUGCCUGGAUUUCCUGAAGUUCGUCUAUAACAAGUUUGGUUUCUCCUUCAAACUUUUCCUGUCCACCAGACCUGAGAAGUACAUGGGUAAGCUGGAGCUUUGGGACAGUGCUGAGAAGGAGCUGGAACGACGUCUCAAUGAGUUUGGAAUGGCUUGGAAGUUGAACCCAGGAGAUGGAGCAUUUUAUGGACCCAAGAUUGAUAUUCAGAUUCAAGACGCACUCCGCCGGUAUCACCAGUGUGCAACCAUACAACUUGACUUCCAGCUGCCAGAAAGAUUCAACCUAACUUUUGUCAGGUAUUACUUACAAUACAUUAUACGGCCGUUCUGGCUUUCUCCAACUCAAGCCAUCGUCAUUCCUGUUUCCCCUAAGUACGAAGACUAUGCAGUCAAGGUGAAGACUACCGUGUUCAGUGCAGGUUAUCAGGCCGAUGUUGACCUCGAUCAUGGCACCACACUGAACAAGAAGAUCAGGAACGCACAGCUUGCUCAGUACAACUUCAUAUUUGUUGUGGGCGAAAAGGAAGAAAAUUCCAACACGGUCAAUGUCCGUACCCGCGACAAUAAAGUUCACGGGGAGAAGACUGUCGAUGAAGUGCUUGAAAAGUUUGCCCAUCUCUCCAAGGAACGAAUCAGGGACAGCGAGGAGGAAUUUUGAAAUGACAAUAAUUUAGAACGCAUGGUUCUUUCGUAAAUUGCUAUAACCAGCAACUAAAAAAAGGGAAAGAAGAGGGGAAAUAGGGAGGCAGGGGCUGGAAAUCAGUUUUAGGAAGUUGUUCAAUGUGACUAGAGGACAAAAAGUGUAUCUUUUAGGUGUAACACGAGCUAACACAUGUCGGUAUAUGGUAUUGUAUUGAACUCUUUGCACCUUAAUACAGUAUCAGUAUGCAUUCUCUCCAUGCUGUAUACGUUUCCUGAGGUGCUGCCAAGGAAAAUUUGUUUAACAAUUAACAUUUUCUCUAGUCGGUGGUCAUUACCCUCAUUUUCGGGACCUUAGAGUUUGAUUGAGAGGUGAUAUUGUGAGGAUUAUUAGGACGCCAGUCACUCUUAGGGGGUUAGAAGGUUAAUGUAGGACUAACUCCACUCGACAGAUUUUGAAAAAAAAAAAGAAAUUUUUCAUGACGAUUCGUAAUACGUUAUUGCUGAAUAAUAAUAGCAGCUAACCAAAGCUAUGUGGAUUUCCGCCCCGCCCUUUCCUAUUCCAUUCAAACUAACCAUAAGCAACUGCUUAAACUUGUUUUUAUUUUUGUUUCCGUUUUGUGGUAAUCUAUUUAGUACCACCUUUUCAAAUUGGUUUGCCGUAGUGUCACGUCCUCUACUAGCUUGCCGUGCAUUAAGAAUUCUUUACUCUAAUUCACAAAAUGAAAUGUAUGAAAUUUGUUAAAAGUAAAUCUCAGGGGAAGGUUAAGUUUACAGACGUAGUUAGUAUUAAGACGUGCUGUGAAAAGACGAGGAUGUCUGUGUGAAUUGCAUGUGGCAAUGACAACAUGGCUAUUAUUAAAAUAAUGUUAGAACUUACUUUU